CACUCUGACCCUGUGAGUGAAUUCAAUCUUCUUGGAUUCCCUUGUUCCUGGAAGAUUCAGGUCCUCCUCUUCUCAUUCUUCUUUGCAGUCUAUGUCCUAACACUAACUGGAAACCUGUGCAUUAUCUGUGCAGUGUGGUGGGACAACCAUCUCCAUGCCCCCAUGUACAUCCUGCUGGCCAAUUUUUCCUUCCUGGAGAUGUGGUAUGUCACCUCCACUAUCCCCAAUAUGCUCGCCAACUUGCUCUCUGAAAACAGCACCAUCUCCUUCUAUGGCUGCUUCCUCCAGUUCUACUUCUUCUUCUCCAUGGGCACCAUUGAGACCUUCUUCUUGUCUGCCAUGGCCUUUGACAGGUACCUUGCUAUCUGCAGGCCCCUGCACUACCCCACUCUCAUGACUGUUCAGCACUGCAUCAGAAUAGGAGCUGGGUGCUGGGUGUGUGGCUUCUCUUGUUUUCUCCUCCCAGUUUACCUGAUCUCCCAACCUCCUUUUUGUGGUCCCAAUACAAUUGAUCACUUUUUAUGUGACCCAGGGCCCCUUAUGAAUCUGUCCUGUGUGCCAGUUUCUGCUACUGAGAUCAUCUGUGCCGUCUUUAACUCAGUCCUCAUUUUCUCCACCUUCCUCUUCAUUACCAGCUCCUAUACUCUGGUGAUCAGAGCUGUGCUGAAGGUCCCUUCAGCAGAAGGCCGGCAUAAGGCCUUCUCCACAUAUGGCUCCCAUCUUGCUGUAGUGUCCCUGUUCUAUGGUUCUAUCAUGUUGAUGUACCUGAGCCCAAUGGCAGGCAAUCCAGCAGGGAUCCAAAAAAUUGUGACUUCAUUUUAUUCUGUGAUGACUCCAUUUUUCAAUCCCUUGAUCUAUAGCCCCUGGAAUAAAGAGAUGAAGAAGGCCCUGAGAAAACUGUUUAGGAUUAUGAGAUUUGGUCAAAUACAUCCUCUCAAGAGCUAG